CAAAAUGCACUCCGUACUUUGUUUGCUGCUUUUAAGCAUCAUCUUUUCUGCAGUUGCAGAUCAAGACCAGAUGCGCUUCAUUUGCCCUUCCAAUGGCGAAUCAAUUGAGGAAUUGAGUGCAACUUUACUGAAGCGAAUGGAUGACUUUGAGUCAAACCUGUCCGCGGAACUGGGCCGAGUCCUUCCAGAAAUCCAAACGCUGCAAAAUUUUGUUAACGCAAACGGUGAAAAUGCAAAAUCAUCUGAAACUGAAAUUUUCUCCAAGCUAAUAGGAAUGGAAUCAAAUUACCUGAAGAUUGCUGAAGAUUUGCAAAAAAAAUUAUAUAAGAAAUUUGACGAUUUGGCAAUUUCCUUGGACUCGGUUAAAGGAGAGACAAUCUUAUUUGGAGAAAAAGUUAACCAUUUUGAGCUCAGUUAUCUGGAGAGUAUGGAGCGAUUUGGGAAGAAAAUUGAUGACGCAUUGAAAAAUCUGACUUGCAAUGUGAAUAAGAAAAAGAAAGAUUUGUAACUACAUCUGUUAUUCAAACUUUUGUCCUUUCAUAGAUCUAGCGUUAAUUACAAAGCUUUGUUGAUAUAAUAUUUGUCAUUAUAAAUUAAUAUUUAAAUAUGAAAAGGUGUGUUAAUAAAAAUAAAAAUAUUUGUCUAUAUCAAUUCUGAAAAUUUUAUAAAAGGGCUUUGUUUUAUUAUUGUUUUAUUUAUUGUUAA